AUGCUUCAGCUUUGGAAACUUGUUCUCUUAUGCGGUCUGCUCACUGGGACCGCGGCAUCUCUUCUUGGAAAUCUUGGCGAUGACAUGAGGAAUGCUGUGAACAAGCUGAAACCUGCUGUUGAAAAGAGACUUGAGACCAUUGACGAUACACUUGAAUCUAUCGUUCAGAAACUGACCGUUGACCUGAGGAAGCUUCAGGAAUCCAAGGCUUGGCACCUGGCCAAGCAGAAGAUGCAAGAAGUGAAGAACUUGGUGAACGAUGCUCUUUCUAAGAUCACUUCAGCUAAGGAUGAGACUUUGGGGUUGAACACCAUUAACUCCCGCAUCCUGAAAAUCAAAGUUGAACUGACUCCUGAUGCCGGAGGCAUUAACGUAAGGGUCCCCGUCGUCGCCGAUGUCACCCUGGCCCUGCCUGUCAUUGGCCAGGUGGUCAACCUGAAGGCCUCUUUGGACCUCCUGACUGAUGUCAGAGUUGCAGCCGAUGCCCAGACUGGAGUCCCCAGCGUGACCAUAGGAAAAUGCAGCAGUGACUCAGACAGCAUCUCACUCACCGUGCUGGACAGCCACAACCCUCGGAUCGGAAAGGCCAUGAACACCGUGAGCAGCUUCCUGACAAAGACCGCGUCCCUCCUGGUAGAGAAGGAUGUGUGCCCACUGAUCCACACCUUACUCUCCACCCUGGAUGCACACAUUAUUCAGGACAUCAUUGAUAAAUAUCAAAAGGAAAACCACCAGCAUAACGAUGUCUGAAGAGGGAGAUGGGGAGGACUGCUGGUGAUGCCCACCUGAAGACCGGUGCCCAGUGGCUCGACAGUGUCCCUUGUAGCAUCUCCAUCUGGGAAGGUGCAGCCACCCCCAACCAUCUGAGCGCAGCCAGAAGGAGCCCUCCCAGAGACGACUCCUCACCGUUGGACAGCAGCCUCUGUGCUCACCACCCUCCCUCCACCCCUG